UAAUCUUUACUUAGAGGUCAACGCUCAGAAAUAUACUUCAACUGACUCUCUCACUCCCUCAUUCUCGGGAACGUAGUGGAAGUGAGACCUGAUCUCGUCGGAACCCCUAGAAUGUCGGAAAAUUGCGCACUCCGGCGAGCUAACGUUCUCGCUAAUCACAUACUCCAGUCACCUCCUCAGCCUUCGAACAUCUCCCUCGCGCGCGAGGCAUGCUUGCAGUACACUCCACCGGAGGUCAACGAGAGCUAUGGCUUCCAAGUCAAGGAGAUGAGAAAACUCCUCGACGGACACAACUUGGAGGACAGAGACUGGCUUUACGGGAUCAUCAUACAGAGCAAUCUGUUCAACAGGAAGAUAAGAGGAGGCAAGGUGUUCGUGUCGCCUGAUUACAAUGAGACCAUGGAGCAGCAGCGCGAGAUCAGUAUGAAGCGGAUCUUGCACUUGCUGGAGAAAGGUGUCUUUAAAGGAUGGUUAACGGAGACAGGUCCUGAAGCUGAGCUCAAGAAGUUUGCUCUCUACGAGGUUUGCGGGAUGUAUGAUUACUCCCUAUCCGCCAAACUCGGUGUUCAUUUCUUGUUAUGGGGUAAUGCUAUUAAGUUCUUUGGGACAAAGAGGCAUCAUGAGAAGUGGCUGAAACACACUGAAGAUUAUCUUGUCAAGGGCUGCUUUGCAAUGACUGAGUUAGGCCAUGGAAGUAAUGUGAAGGGAAUUGAAACAGUGACUACUUAUGACCCAAGAACUGAGGAGUUUGUGAUAAACACUCCUUGCGAAUCUGCUCAGAAGUACUGGAUCGGUGAGGCAGCUAUUCAUGCAAACCAUGCAAUUGUCAUUUCUCAGCUUGAGAUAAACGAAACCAACCAAGGGAUUCAUGUAUUUAUAGCUCAGAUCCGAGAUCAAGAUGGGAACAUAUGUCCAAACAUCCGCAUUGCUGACUGUGGCCACAAGAUUGGUUUGAAUGGUGUUGACAAUGGCCGGAUAUGGUUUGACAAUCUUCGGAUCCCAAGAGAGAAUCUACUGAACUCAGUCGCUGAUGUUUCACCUGAUGGAGAGUAUGUUAGCGCUAUUAAAAAUCCUGAUCAGAGAUUUGGAGCAUUCUUGGCCCCUUUGACCUCUGGUCGUGUCACCAUUGCUUCAUGUGCAAUUUACUCUGCAAAGGUGGGAUUAGCUGUUGCUAUAAGAUACUCACUAUCAAGAAGAACCUUCUCUGCUGUAGCCACUGGUCCUGAAGUGCUCCUUCUUGAUUAUCCAAGCCAUCAAAGACGACUUUUACCACUCCUUGCAAAGACAUAUGCUAUGAGUUUUGCGGCAAAUGACAUGAAGAUGAUGUACGUGAAGAGGACACCUGAGACCAACAAAGAGAUUCAUGUUGUCUCAAUGGGACUAAAAGCUCUUCUCACCUGGCACAAUAUGCGAACCCUUCAGGAAUGUCGUGAGGCUUGUGGAGGGCAAGGUGUGAAAACAGAGAAUCGAGUUGGUCAUUUAAAAGGCGACUACGAUGUGCAGACUACAUUUGAAGGUGACAAUAAUGUUCUGAUGCAGCAGGUAAGCAAGGCACUUUUUGCUGAGUAUGUGUCGUGUAAGAAGAGGAACAAACCUUUCAAAGGAUUGGGAUUGGAACACAUGAACAGUCCUCUUCCUGUAUUGCCUACUCAACUCACAUCUUCUACCCUCAGAUGUAGCCACUUCCAGAAAAAUGUAUUCUGCUUAAGAGAGCGAGAUCUUCUAGAAAGAUAUACUUGUGAAGUUGCAGAGCUUCAAGAGAGAGGAGAAAGCAGAGAGUUGUCCUUCCUCUUGGUUAGCAUUCUCACAAAACAUUUGGUUGCAUAUACUAAUGGAAUUCUCUCCUCAUUUUCUACAUCUCCUCUAUGCUUGCAGAGUCAUCAACUUUCUGAAGAUCUAAGUAAAGCUUUCGCGGAAAAAGCAAUCCUACAAGCCGUUUUGGAUGCUGAAGCCAAACUGCCUGCUGGCUCCAUUAAGGAUGUAGUGGGUCUUGUAAGAUCAAUGUACGCAUUGAUAUGCAUGGAAGAAGAUCCAUCGUUCUUGAGAUAUGGUUACCAUUCAAGGGACAGUGUUGGAGAUGUGAGGAGAGAAGUUUCUAAGCUUUGCAUAGAGCUUAGACCACACGCGCUUGCCCUUGUCACUUCAUUCGGAAUACCAGACGCGUUUUUGGGACCGAUUGCAUUUAACUGGAUCGAAGCCAACGCUUGGUCUUGAAUAUUAAUUAUGUUGUACUAGAAAUAAUCCCUUUGAUAAUUUCAAAACAUAUUGUUGAAGCUGUCGUAUUGCUGU